CAGGGACAUUUAGGGUCAUUCACAAUACACACACCGACUUAACCGCUAUCACUCAACCCACAGGCACUCAACACGAGACACACAUUCACUCUCACCGGCUCAAUCACAACCACUCAACUGCAUCGCAGCAUCUACUCAACAUCAAGACAACCACGUCUUUAACCACAACCACUCAAUCACACACACGCUUCACGCCCACUCAACACCCACCCAAUCACAGCCACCUAACCGCACCACCAUGGUCACAGCCGAUCAACAACUUGACAACCGCAUCCACUUCGACACAACAACCACCACAACCCAACGCAACAUCCACUCAACCGUGUCACACAACAACCACAACACGAAGUCAACAACCACACGCACCACCACCACCACCCCCCUCCGCGCGUGCAGCGAGGAGGAGUGAAGGUAGCAGCCCCCAUGCUGUUGAUGGUGCUUGGAGCGCGGUGCCCCGGGGGCCCGUGGGGGGCUCCCGGCUCCCGUCUGCUGGGCUCGCUGAGCCGGGCCCUGUCCCCGCGAGCCCCGGGGGCGGCUGGCCGGGCCCUGCACUCGGCCGGGGGCCCGCAGCAGCAGCGGCGCCUGUUCACCCCGCCGAGCGGGAACGAGCUGGCGCGCUGCGCCGGGCUGGCCUCCAUGAUGAGGCUGCCCACCGUGCGGGAGGGCAGCGCGGGCCUCGACGCAUGCUUCGUGGGGACGCCCAUCGACACGGGCACCUCCAACCGGCCCGGGGCCAGGUUUGGGCCGCGUCAAAUCCGGAGCGAGUCGGUGAUGGUCCGUCCGUACAACAACUACACGCACGCUGCGCCCUUCGAGUCGCUGGCCGUUGCUGACAUCGGGGACAUCUACAUCAACCUGUACAACCAACAGGAGAAUGUGCGGCUCAUCAGGGACGCCUACUGCACCAUCAUCUCCGGGGGCUGCCGGCCCCUCACCCUUGGGGGCGACCACACCAUCACAUACCCCAUCCUGCAGGCCUUCGCUAAGCAGUACGGCCCGGUGGGACUCAUCCACGUGGACGCCCACGCCGACACCAACGACCUCAUGCUGGGGGAGAAGGUAGCGCACGGGACGCCGUUCCGCCGCUGCGUGGAGGAGGGGCUGCUGGACUGUAAGCGCGUGGUGCAGAUCGGCCUGCGCGGGUCGGGGUAUUCGCCCGACGACUACAACUGGGGCCGCCAGCAGGGUUUCCGCGUGGUGCAGGCGGAGCAGUGCUGGUUCAAGUCGCUCGCUCCACUCAUGAAGGAGGUCACCCAGCAGAUGGGCUCAGGUCCCGUCUACCUCUCCUACGACAUCGACUCGCUCGACCCGGCGUACGCGCCGGGCACCGGCACCCCCGAGACCGCCGGUCUCACGCCCUCGCAGGGUCUGGAGAUCAUCCGUGGCUGCAGGGGCCUCAACCUCGUGGGUUGUGACCUGGUGGAGGUGUCGCCUCCCUAUGACACCACAGGCAACACGGCCCUGUUGGCGGCCAACCUGCUGUUCGAGAUGCUGUGCGUCCUGCCGGGAGUGAAGUACCGCUGCGAGCAGAGCGGCGACGGGGGCAGCGUCAAGCACAAGUAGCAGCCUCGCCCGGCAGACGCAGGGACCAGGGUCUCUCGCGAGCGCACACGUGUGGCCUGCAUCCACCAGCACCAACUCCCCUGGGAUGUCCCAUUCACAGAGCAUCUCUGAGCUCGCUCUGCACCCUUCUAGUGAGAUGGCCUAAAUGUACAAUUACACACAGAUUAGUGUGAAGGCCGCAAUGCUUUGGUUGGCUCAGGUGGUGGUCUUCAUCCAGACGUUGAUUGAGCAUGGCUGAUGAUGGCAUUUAAUAAACUCACGGACGAAAAUUGUGCCCAUGACUCAGACCUCGUUAGGCGUCGUGCUUUGCUUGUAGUCGCACAUUCCGGCCUCUGCUCGUGUCUGCGCGAGAGGGGACCUAUAAAGGAGCCACGUGUCGUUCGCUCUUUCACCGCGUUUCCAGACCCGGGGAAAUGCAGCGUACGCCAUUGAAUGUCACCAUAAUGGCGACCAAUGUAACCAUAAUGACAACCAAUAUAGGGUGCAGGUCGGUCAACUCGGCAGGGGCCAGAGUUACCAUCGCCGUGCGGGCCAGCGAGUGCCGCCUGCAAGUGAGCUGCUUGCCAGUAGGCGUCUCUGGCGAGCAGGCGGUCUCCGACCGCACACCAAGAUCCGCUGCCAUCGUGGCAGACUUGUGGUUUACUGGCCAGGUUGCUGAUUCAGCUCGUUAUUUGAGAGGAGACCGGCGCUGUGGGGCCAGGACGAAUCCGGAAGGGGCGCCCACUGGUGGUUGUUGGACACGCGACACUUCGCUCAGGGACUGGAGCCCCAGGUCACACGGAGAAGGCUGCUCUGGAGGUCACGUUGAUCCCACAGCCGGUCACGUGAGUCGUUGGCAGAGUUGUUGUUGUUAACCACAUUUCAACACAUUCGUCAUUAACACUGCCCAUAAAACUUACACACAAAUAUAAAAAGCAAUGGCCCAUUUUCAUCAUCUGCUAUGAAGAAGUGCCUUUGCCAAGUACUGUGUGUGUAGAAACUUUUCUCUUUACGGCAGUACUAUUAAGAAACAUGUCGAGCCCUUGCUUUCUGUCCUUAUGCCCCUCUGCCACCGCGAAAUAACAAAGAAUAGAAAGUUAUUACUAAUAAGAGAUGAUUACGAAUCUCAACCAAGAAAUGAGCUGAAUGGUGUAGACACGAAGGCUUGAUAGUCAUGAAUGUUUGAAAUGACCGCGUAUCAGGUUCACACGCUGUGAAUGCUGGAGACGGUUGAUUUUAAGUAUAGAUUUUUUUAUUUGUCAUUAAAAAAAUAUACACAUUCUUAAAUCUUUAGCAUUCCAGUGCGGUGGCCGGGUGGCUAAAAGGUCAGGGCACUGAGCCGGCAUUGCUGAGAUCCUGGGUUUGAAUACAGGUUUCAGCCGCCCGUGAAUAAAUCGGGUUCUCAAGCGUAGCGAGUUGAUGGUCUUAUCCGGUCACCAGUGACUACCAAAAAAACAUACAAUGUGGUAAUGGUCUUAAUUUGGCAAAAUUCCAGCUUCGAGAAUAUGAUCAGUUUAACCGGCACUCAUAAUACAGGUUAACCGGCAUGCGAUGAAUGACUCUCGGUGGCAGAACAGGUGGGAAAGUGCCGCCACUAACUGUAGAGGGGAUCUCGGAAGGGAUCUCAGAGGUAGCUCCUUGAUGUCUGCUUCCAGGGCCGUUUUAAAACACAAAGGGCUGCACUGCUGUGCCAGAGAUCUAAAUGGAAUAUUUGCGCCACCCAUAGCACUAUCAGAUUGACAUUGGGGGAAAAGACAAAACAAUAUUUUACAUCUUCGUUUCAUUAAAUCACUCCAGAGUUACAGGGUUCAAGUCUUAACUUUCUGCGAAGCAGUGGUGAAUGUAUCGAGCAAGUGACCCACCUCCCCACCUCCCAGGUCUUUUGUGCCUUAAAUAUAAGCAUUAACUGUGAUCUUUAUCAGAAUCUUAAUUUAUCCUGGAGAAGUCCGAUAAACAAUAAAGCUGUUUUUCACAGAUGUCCAGUAAUGAGAGAAUUAACUCAUUAAAUCGUGAGAUUCGCGAAAAUGA